AUGUCUAACACCACCACCGAGAUCGAAUACCUUUCGAUCUCCAGCCCCGGUAGAAAUAAUCAUUCAUUGGGGAGCAUAAUCAGCACGGGAACAUUAACCCAAGAACUUCAACCUGACAAUGUUGAAUCGACUACUGUACCUGCACCUGCGCCCAUUCGAAAAUGGCGUUGGCCAAAACCAUCCGAGAGAAGAAAGAAAGCAGUAACACUAGAUACCAAUACCAAUACCAAUACUAACACUCUCCCACUACCUCAAAACCCUAGUGGAUGGAUCUGGUGGAACGAUUCACCCCAACUACCCUCGCGAAGCACUACUCCCUCAUCCUCAUCCUCACAACCACAACUCCUCUCUUCCCCAGACAACUCACCACCCACCCUAUCCCUCACCGAGGGUUUCGAAAAAUACUGGGAAGACAUCUCGGACGAAGAAAUGAUUACGUAUAUCCCGCCCAACACCGUCAAGAUCUGGAAGUGUAUAAUCGCACAGAAACGUAGGCAUGCGAGAGCAGCGGGCGCAGAAUAUGAGAGAGCGUUGGAAGAAGAGCUUGAGGAGAAAUAUGGUGCGAUGUUGAGGUGUAGGGAGGAGAAGAAUGAGGCGUGGUCUGUGGAGGAAUUGUUGGAGAUGGUGGAGGAGUGUGAUUUGUUUGGGUGGGUGAGGGAGAGGGGGAUGGAGGCAUUUUGGGAGGGGGAUAGGGUGGAUAAGAUGGGUGAUGGGAAGGGGAAUGAAGGAAGGAAGAGGUGGGGGAGUUAG